UGUGAGAGCCCAGUUGUCAGACAAGAGUGGCGUUCUCUGCCACUCUCAAAUCGACAAGAAUAUAUCGACUCCGUGUUAUGCCUGAUGGAGAAGGAUUCCCAAGUUCAACCGGGAAGCCGUCGCUAUGUCGACUUCGCGUACGCACACACCAGGGAGGGCGCGAUUGUGCAUUAUGCUGCGGGAUUCCUGCCGUGGCAUCGCUACUUCAUCCACGUCUUUGAGACUGCCCUCAGAUCAGAGUGCGGCUACAGAGGGUACUGGGAUUGGACCCUUGAUGCCUCAGACCUUGCAAGCUCGCCCAUAUGGGAUGGUACUUCUGGUUUCGGUGGAGAUGGCGAGUCUGACGACGAAGGCGGCAUCUUCGGAGGCCGUUGUGUGACCGACGGGCCUUUCGCCAACAGCACUCGAUAUUGGCGAUCCAAGUCUAAUGGAGAGGGUUUUGACAUAUUGGAGUUCCCACACUGCCUUAGCCGAGGUUUUGCGAACGGCGACAAGAAGGAAUCUCUUCAAGCACGCAUUACACUGGACGCCAUUGAGACGGUUCUGAAUCAGCCCACCUACCUGGACUUCUUUGAUGACCUGGAGGUGCGAACACACAACGCCAUUCCUCAGUUCAUCAGAGGUGACUUCUACGGAAUGACCGCGCCAAACGAUCCCGUCUUCUUCUUACACCACGCCCAGGUGGAUCGUCUUUGGUGGAUCUGGCAGCAGAAAGAUCCCAUGAACCGCAUGAUGGAAUAUCUCGGCCCCGCAGAAAACACAAGGCUCCAUCCAGACGGGGCCACGGCAACUCCACCGUGA